AUGGGCAGCAUUCAGGACGGCGCCCCACAACAGGGGACUUUCCUGUUCACCUCAGAAGCUGUGGGCGAAGGCCACCCUGAUAAGAUUGCCGACCAAGUAUCUGACGCUGUCCUCGAUGCCUGUCUCGCUGAGGAUCCUCUCUCCAAGGUUGCUUGUGAAACCGCCACCAAAACUGGUAGGUUCCAUUAUUUCAUCAUUUGUACUGGGCUUCGCGCCCACCUCGACUACCAGAAGAUUAUCCGAAAUGCCAUCAAAGACAUUGGCUACGAUGACUCCUCCAAGGGAUUCGACUACAAGACCUGCAACGUCCUCGUUGCCAUUGAACAACAAUCGCCAGAUAUUGCCCAGGGCCUUCACUACGAUGAGGCUCUGGAGAAGCUUGGAGCUGGUGACCAGGGUAUCAUGUUUGGAUAUGCUACCGAUGAAACCCCUGAGUUGUUGCCUUUGACCCUGUUGCUGGCUCACAAGCUUAACAAAGCUUUGAGGGAUGCCCGCGUAGACGGGACCCUUCCUUGGCUGCGACCUGACACCAAGACCCAAGUCACCAUCGAGUAUGCGCAUGACAAUGGCGCAGUCAAACCCUUCCGAGUUGAUACUAUCGUCAUGAGCACUCAACACAGUGAAGACAUCACCACUGAAGAAUUGCGAAAGGAACUCCUCGAAAAAAUCAUCAAGAAAGUUAUUCCCUCCAACCUCCUCGACGACCGCACUGUCUAUCAUAUUCAACCAUCCGGUCUUUUCAUUAUCGGUGGCCCUCAGGGUGACGCUGGUCUCACAGGCCGGAAGAUCAUCGUCGACACCUACGGUGGAUGGGGUGCCCACGGUGGUGGUGCCUUCUCCGGCAAGGACUACUCCAAGGUUGAUCGCUCUGCCGCCUACGUUGCGCGAUGGAUUGCCAAGUCCCUCGUUAGCGCAGGCCUUGCCCGCCGUGCCCUCGUCCAGCUUUCCUACGCCAUUGGUAUCGCUGAACCCCUCUCCAUAUUCGUCGAAACUUAUGGCACUUCAUCAAAGUCGCAAAGCGAAUUGGUCCAGAUCAUCCGCAACAACUUCGAUCUCCGCCCUGGUGUCAUUGUGAAGGAGCUCGAUUUGGCGAAGCCCAUCUACUUUCAAACCGCCAAGUACGGCCACUUCACUAACCAGAGCUUUUCGUGGGAGAAGCCCAAGACCCUCAAAUUCUAG